AUGGUUAGAGUUCAUACUACGAUUGCGGGCUAUUCCGCCCUUCUCGUGGCCUCCGGGUGCAUAGCGCUACCGUUCAUUAGUGGCACAAACGAAGGUCAAGCGAUCCCAGAAUUGACGCCUGUUUCCAACAUGAUUUUCCCCGGCGAAGGAUCCCAAGACUUGAGGAAUAUGGAAGGAUUUGAUCCAGGUCUCUCGAGCUCGAUUUUGCGUCGAACAGUGGCGACGAAGUGCGUACCCCUGGAAAGCAAGAUGUUGAAGAAGCUCGGAGGCUGGGAGGAAAUGAACAAAUAUGCAGACACGCACUGGAGCAAAAAGAGUCGCAAUGUUGUUACGAACGAUGAACAUGAGCUCGAUUAUAAAGCAGAGCUCUGCACUGCUGGUUCGGUCCAGAUAAUCUAUGACGGAACGCCAGAUUGUAUAACCAACAACGCGAGCACUGCUGGAGUGUUUGAUGGCACGACUGGAACAGUUUCCAUGGCUGUACUACAAGGAUUUAGUGCUACUUCCAUGUUCACAAUCAGUUCAUCCACUAGCAUUGGCCUCACCUCUAGCUUCAUGACCAUGCUGAACUUUCCUGACAUAACGGGGAUUAUGUCACAAUUUAGUGCGUCUGCGACAAUUAGUAACACCGCGACUAAAAGUUUCACGAUAACCCAGAAUGAAAUGGUGACAUCUACUAUCCUCAUGGCUGCUCCGAACGGAGAAAGUUGUGAUGCAACUCUUUCCGUCCGUACAUGUACCAUUCAAGGCAAAGGAACGCUUCAUUUGACUGUGACCGACACAAGUACGAUCUGGUUCGAAUAUAAGGACAAAGUGAAAGGUCAUUACAAAUGCAAGUAUACUGUUACUUCAUCAUCGCUGAAGACGCUUAUCCAUCACUCUCGGUGCUUAGAUCGCUAUGAGGCUGGAAACUUGAAAGCUUCUGACCGCUCAGGAUACAUAAAUUUCAGUGGUCCCAUUCAAGUCAAAACCCAUGCAGCGUAUGCAGGAACAUGUCAAAACAUCACUCUUGCUGCGUAA